AUGUCUAAGCGGCCCUUUCUUUGCGACCCUUUAGGCUCUAGCUCUAGCUCUAGCACCCGCUCCUACUCCUACUCUACUAGUUACGCCGCAAGACACCCUAUUAGCGACGAUAACGACUACAAUCCUGCUACCGCUAGUAGCGACGAUAACGAAGACCCUACUGCCGCCGCGUUUGCGCCGCCUCCUACUACCGCCGUUCCUUUCUUCGCUCCGCCGGCCGCCGUACCGAUAAUAGGCGGGCAGGACAUUAGUAGUCUCCGGGCACUAUCGACCCUAUACUACGUUGUCCGCAUUAUAGAGACGACGUUAGGCCGUCGCUUUGCUCGCCCGUACGAUGCCUACCGUCGCGACGGCUUCGAAUACUAG